AUGGGCCGCGAGCGCAUUGGGCAGGACUCGGCGUACGAGCAGGAGGGGAAGGUGCAGUUUGUGAUUGACGCCGUGUACGCCAUGGGCCACGCGCUGCACGCCAUGCACCGUGACCUGUGUCCGGGCCGCGUGGGGCUCUGCCCGCGCAUGGACCCUGUGGACGGCACCCAGCUGCUCAAGUACAUCCGCAGCGUCAAUUUCUCAGGCAUCGCGGGGAACCCUGUGACCUUCAAUGAGAAUGGAGACGCACCUGGGCGCUAUGACAUCUACCAGUACCAGCUGCACAACGGCUCUGCUGAGUACAAGGUCAUCGGCUCCUGGACUGACCACCUGCACCUCAGAAUAGAGCGGAUGCACUGGCCAGGGAGCGGGCAGCAGCUGCCCCGCUCCAUCUGCAGCCUGCCCUGCCAGCCGGGUGAGCGGAAGAAGACGGUGAAGGGCAUGCCCUGCUGCUGGCACUGUGAGCCCUGCACGGGGUACCAGUACCAGGUGGACCGCUACACCUGCAAGACAUGUCCCUACGACAUGCGGCCCACAGAGAACCGCACGGGCUGCCAACCCAUCCCCAUCAUCAAGCUUGAGUGGGACUCACCCUGGGCCGUGCUGCCCCUCUUCCUGGCUGUGGUGGGCAUCGCUGCCACGCUCUUCGUGGUGGUCACCUUCGUGCGCUACAACGACACGCCCAUCGUCAAGGCCUCGGGCCGCGAGCUGAGUUACGUCCUGCUGGCGGGCAUCUUCCUGUGCUACGCCACCACCUUCCUCAUGAUCGCCGAGCCCGACCUGGGUACCUGCUCUCUGCGUCGGAUCUUCCUGGGGCUCGGCAUGAGCAUCAGCUAUGCGGCCCUCCUCACCAAGACCAACCGCAUCUAUCGCAUCUUCGAGCAGGGCAAGCGGUCGGUCAGCGCCCCGCGCUUCAUCAGCCCCGCCUCGCAGCUGGCCAUAACCUUCAGCCUCAUCUCCCUGCAGCUGCUGGGCAUCUGUGUGUGGUUUGUAGUGGACCCCUCCCAUUCGGUGGUGGACUUCCAGGACCAGCGGACGCUCGACCCCCGCUUUGCCAGGGGCGUGCUCAAGUGUGACAUCUCGGACCUGUCGCUCAUCUGCCUGCUGGGCUACAGCAUGCUGCUUAUGGUCACGUGCACCGUGUACGCCAUCAAGACGCGCGGAGUGCCUGAGACCUUCAAUGAGGCCAAGCCCAUCGGCUUCACCAUGUACACCACCUGCAUCGUCUGGCUCGCCUUUAUCCCCAUCUUCUUUGGUACCUCGCAGUCGGCUGACAAGCUGUACAUCCAGACGACGACGCUGACGGUCUCGGUGAGUCUGAGCGCCUCGGUGUCCCUGGGGAUGCUCUACAUGCCCAAGGUCUACAUCAUCCUCUUCCACCCGGAGCAGAACGUGCCCAAGCGCAAGCGCAGCCUCAAAGCCGUCGUCACCGCCGCCACCAUGUCCAACAAGUUUACGCAGAAGGGCAGCUUCCGGCCCAAUGGCGAGGCCAAGUCCGAGCUCUGCGAGAACCUGGAAGCUCCAGUACUGGGGGAAAGGCCAGAAGUGGACAUUGUUGGUGGCCGCAGGAGGGACAUUGCUGAGCAUAGGCUCCAGAGAGGAGCCCCUUUGUCACCCACCAAGAGAUCAGGAGAAACAGGAGACCUCCCCUCUCAG